AUGGGGUUAGGUUCACUUAGGGUUAUUAGCACGCCAUUCUUCGGCUCCAAAAUAGCUGGGUGGGGGGAAGUUGUCAGACGAAUCUACAACCUCGUUCGGAAAACCGACCAGAAAACCUUGAAUAAUCUCACACUGGAUUCGAUGGAGCUUAAGGAUCUUCGACAUGGUUUUCCGGACCUCAUUCGCAAGCGGAACCAGACUUCGGCCAAAAUUGCAAUUGUUUUCUUCUUUGAGAAGAAGUCGACAUACAAAGUGUUGGUGGUCAAAGAGGAAGAUGCAUCCUACCCCGGGGUUGGAGAAAUCUUACCCAUGCAGGCAAAUCACCUCGACAUCUGCAAGUUCGAUGAUGCGGAAGACGAUGGGUACAAACAAGUAAGAGCAAAAAUCAAGCAAGCUAUGGAAGCGACAGGUACCAGUGAGGCGACUGAGGAAGGCAACACUUAUACCAUCAAUAACCAUGGCCAGAUUACGAAUCUUGCUCAGGGUGACAUGAGAAUCGACUCACAAACCAUUACUUAUGGUUCGAUAAAUUAGAGCUGGUCAAGGCAGCAGCAGGGAAUGAGCUCCUUGACACAGAG